AUGGCGCCGGCGACCAAACGGCAAGCAGCAGCGAGGUCAUCACCACCACAUAUAAACGACGACGUGGCCACCGAGAUCCUGCUUCGCCUCCCUUGCGCCGCCGUCCUCCGCUCCCGUGCGGUCUGCAAGGCAUGGCACCGCAUCACCACCAGCGCUGCCUUCAUCGCCGCCCAUGCCCGCCGCCGCCCCCACGAGCUCAUCCUCCACCGCCACGGUCCGAGCUCGAGCAAUGCGCUAGAAACCAUCCCGCUGCUGGACACCCUUGGCGAGGCGACGACUGCCCGGCGGUGCCUCCACGUCCAGUACCCGGAGUAUACGAGACCCAGACCCCCAAGGGGUUGGAGCGGGUACGCCAUGAUCGCCUCUUGUGACGGUCUGUUGCUGUUCGAGAGGCACCCCAACGGCGUGAGGGAUAAAGAUUUCUUCGUGUGCGACCCGGUGGCACGGCGGUGGGCCGCGGUGCCCCGCACCCCGGGAACCUUCAUGCUGCCUUGCGGAUUCUACAUCCACAAGCCAUCCGGCGAGCACCGGAUCCUGUGCGUCACCAACGGCCAACAAGCAGGGUGGUCGCACCACGUUUGCUCGCUCGAAGCCGCCGAGGCCCGUCGGCUCGGACCAGCGCCCCUCUUCGCCCCUAUCGGCUACAACCUCCCACUCCAUCACGUCACCCUUCACGGCAAGCUCCACUGGCUGCGGUCGUACCCCCCGGUUCUGCUCCCGAUGGAUAACGGGCGGUAUCCCGGGGCGGAGGAAACCGGCAAGAUAGUGGCGUUCGACACCGAGUCGGAGACGUUCCGGAGGAUACGUCUCCCGCCGCGGAGGGUGGCCCGCUACCCUGGAGCAGUGGAGCUCUUCCUGCUACAGGUGGACGGGAUGCUGGCCGUGGCCAAUUUUCUUAAUGGCUCCAUGGACCUCUGGGUACUGGCGGACCACGACGGCAGCGACGCGAGCUGGACGCUCCGACUCCGGGUGGACUUACCGUCGUCGUUGCGGCGUGCAUGCUGGGCGAUGAACCCUCGCAUGGAAGGGCAGGAGGAUGUGGUUCUUCUGGGAGAUCGCGGGAGAUGUUGGGUGGCACUGUACGAUGUGAUGGGGAAGAGGGUGUUGAAGCAAAUCCAGCUUGUCCCUGACGAUCCGUGGAACCACCUCAACGUCUUCGUCUUCAGGGGUAGCCUAGAGCGACACGCCUUCUUUGAUCUUCAUGGCCCCAAAGGUCUAGUCCUGCAGUAAACAAGGACACUACUCCCGCUUAUUUAGCUGCCAUGGAUUCAGAUGCUGGACACUACUCCCGCUUAUUUAGCUGCCAUGGAUUCAGAUGCUGGAUCAACGAAGCUCAACUCAUGCGAGCGAGAGUUGUUUUCCCAACCCGUGUUAGAGCUGACAACGCCCAGGCAGACAGGGGAAGCUCCUGAA